AUGCAGCGGCACGUCGCGCGCGCGGUCGCGCGGUGGGGUCUCGCCCUGAACGCCGCGCCGACGCUCGCGGGCGACCUCGCGCUUCGACAACCGGCGACGACGACGGCCGUCGUCGGGGGAUUCGCGUCGACGUUCGUUCGACGCGCGGGGACGUUCGGGAAGGACACGUCGAAGGACAAGGGCGACGUGAUCGACGUCCGGCUCCGCGACGCUUCCGGGAGGAUAGCCGCGAAGAAACUGCGUAAAGAAGGACGCGUCCCCGCGAUCUUAUUCCGGAGCGGGUCUCGAGCGGGCGAGCACAUAUCCCUAGCGCUGAAGGACAUCGAGAGGCUCGUGACGAAGCACGGGCACGUCGGCGUCGGGACGAGGGUGCUGAAGAUGCGGUUCGAGGGGACCGACCGCGCGGAGGACGUCAUCGCGAAACAGGUCCACCUCACGAUGGGGACGGGCGUCGUCGAGAACGCGACGUUCAUGCCCGUGGAGCCGACGACGGAGGUGAACGUGGACGUUCCGGUGACGUUCAUCGGCGAGGACGUGUGCCCGGGGGUGAAGCAAGGCGGGUUCCCGUGGGUCAUGCGUCGGUCCGUCCCGGUGAAGUGCCAGGUGAAGGACAUCCCUCGGGUGUUUAACAUCGACGUCUCGAACUUUUCCGUGGGGAAGGUGGUCUUCUUGAAGGAUCUGCACGUUCCCGAGAGCGUGAAGCUGAGGUUGGAUAACAUGAUGACGCCGGUGUUCUCGAUGUCGAGGCCGGGGCGCGGCGGGUGA